AUGGACGAAUACAAGACGUUCAACCUAGGCGACUUCGCCCUCAAGUCGGGGAAGACGAUUCCGAAUGCUUACAUCUCCUACAAGACGUACGGCGAUCCAACAAGCCUGGCUAUCGUCUAUCCGACCUGGCAUAGCGGUCUUAUACCUGCCAACGAGUGGCUGAUAGGAGAUGGGAUGGCCCUAGACCCGAGGCGAUACUUCAUCAUCAUCCCCGCACUGUUCGGAAAUGGUCAAUCGAAGAGUCCGUCCAACAGUCCGGAGCUGAGACCGUUCCCGGAAGUCACCUUCUUCGACAACGUCACGGCGCAGUACAAGCUGGUCACUGAAUGUCUUGGUGUCAAGCAUUUGAAAUGUGUCCUGGGUUGGAGCAUGGGGGCUGGCCAGACCUAUCAGUGGAUCACUCAGUAUCCCGACUUCAUGGACUCGGCAGUACCAUUCUGCGGCAGCGCUCGAACGAGCUUGCACAACCAGGUCUUCCUCGAGGGGGUGAAAAGCGCACUGCUAGCAGCGAAAGGUGCUGUCUCCGGCGGUAUUUGCCGAGGUGAGGCAACACCCGAGUCGCAGUACAGAGGCUGGACAGCUGCUGAACGCGAAAGCGGGCUGAAAGCACUUGGGCGCGUCUACGCUGGCUGGGGUUUGAGUCAGGCAUUCUACCGGGAGAAGUUGCAUGAGAAAUACCUUGGCUACAAGGACCUCGAGGACUUCAUGAUCGGUUUUUGGGAGGGCUGGGCAACCUCCAAAGACCCGGAGAACAUGUUGACGAUGCUACAUACAUGGCAAGCUGCGGACUGCUCAGACCAGGAGCCGUAUAAAAAGGACUUCGAGCUCGCGAUGAAGAGCAUCAAGGCUAGGACACUGGUCAUCCCCUGCAAGACUGACCUGUACUUCCCGCCGGAAGACUCCGAGUACGAGGUCCAGAACAUGUCUCCUGGGAUCGGGAAGUGCAUUGUCUUUCGAUCCAUCUGGGGUCACUGGGCUGGUGGUCCUGGAGAUAGCAAAGAGGACGUCAAGUGGCUCGAUGAGAAGUUGAAAGCGUUCCUCGGGGAUGGCCGUCUCGGAGAUCGCAGGUUGUGA